AUACCUUAAAAGAUGGCGACGUUUCUAAACCCGCUCAGCGGGAAAUUGAAAUCAACGUCUACCCCGACAAGAAGAUAUCACCCUUACACUCGGAUGAUCAGAAAAGAAGUUCACCGUGUAUAUGACAGAAUAUAUGCCACAGUCUAUGGUCACUGUAUUGGUGAUGCUUUUGGUUUGCUGACGGAGACUUUGACAAGAGAUGAGACAAAGAAGAAAUAUAGGGAAGUAUACCAUAAGUUUGAACUGGUUCACAAGAAAAUACUACCAGACAGUCAUCGAAGAAAAUGGAAGAUUGGAGACUGGACAGACGAGUCGGAUAUCAUGAUUCUAAUUCUACAAUCAAUACUCAAGAACAAAGGGGAGGUGAUACCCAUAGACUUUGCCAAGCGGUUAAUUGAGUGGUCUGAACAUGGAUUUCCUGAGUUAGGGGACAUGUGUGGUCUAGGAACAUGUCCCCAGGUUAAAGCUGUUAUUAAUCACCCACAGUUCUCAGAGACUCCUGAAAAAGCAGCUGAAAUUGUUUGGCGAGACUCUCGUAAAUUGCUGGCUACCAACAGUGCUAUAUCUCGAACAGCUGUGAUAGGUGUUCAUUGUUACCAUACUAUAGGGAAAGUCAUCAAGCACACAUUGGACAUCUGUAAAGUCACACACCCAGACAUAAGGUGUCAAGCAUCAUGUGUAGCAGUCACUGUUGCCAUUGCCCUAAUGCUGCAGAAAAACGAACGUCAUAUAAAGAAAAAUGGAAAUUACAAUGUGGAUGGAAUUAUUGAUGAAACAUACAAGUAUGCUGCCAGGAUACUGAGUACAACAGAGGAGGUGAAGGAGUUGAAACGCUACAUGUCCUAUUGCUCCCUGAAGGAUCUCAAGUUAGACGAGCCUGGACGUACCAACUACACCUACAAGACCUUGGGGGCAGGGCUGUGGGCACUCCGUCAGAAGGACUUUAGACAGGCCAUCCAAGACAUUUUGCUUGAGGGAGGUGACGCUGAUGCUAAUGCUGCUGUGGCUGGAGCCUUGCUUGGCUGUAAACUGGGUGUGGAGGCCAUCCCCCCAACAUGGAUAGAAUCUCUGAGUCAUCGAAUGUGGCUUGAUGAUAUACUAGAUGGGUAUUUUGAUAUUUUGGAAGGAAGGAAGACUUCAAAAGAAACGACAUUGUGAUCUGAAAUUAAUGGAUUUGUUUUAUUGUGAUAAUUAACGUUUUGUACCCGAGAUGGGAAUGUGAUAGUGUGCAAGGAAUUCUUCAGACUUUGUGAGGAAAGAUGAGAUUGUGAUAAUUUGUGAGGAAUUUUCCAGACAUACUUUUAAGGAGAGAGAUGGAAAUGUGAUGUUGUAUAAGGAUUUUACAGAUAUCCAAGUGGAGACAGAGUAGCAACAAUGAUAUCAAUCAGUAAUAGAUAUAUAUGCAGCAUUGUUAAACUCGAAUUUUGCUCUCAGAUUCUUAGAUAUAAACUAUUACUGAGACCAGAUUUUCAUGCAGUGAAAUAAAUGAUAUUGUCUAUAGGUUUAUCAGGUCUCUGUGAAGUAAAUGCCUUGCUGAGACAAAAGGCGCAGUAGGUAUGUUUUACAAAUGUCCUGCUGAGUCUAAAGACACAGUAGGUAUGUUUUACAAAUGUCCUGCUGAGACUAACGGCGCAGUAGAUCAGUGUGUUACCAUUUUUUAUUCCUCAGGCAUUAUUUUCAUCAUGUUAUUUCCAUCUGACAUGACAGUUAUAUAUACACAUCUAUAUACAAUGUCUUUCAUAUUUAGUGUAAUUUUAUGUCAUGUCCUUAUGCUGUUUGCUGCUACGACUAGCCCGAUUUAUAGUGCCAGGAUACAGUAGUAGUAAUCAAUGGUGUGUGGGUAGCAAACAGACACCAGUCUUUGUUGAAGUAACAGAAUUAUCUUUUGGAUAUAUAAACACUAUAAGCUGUAUCCAUGAAUUAAAGAAUUUUUUGUGCUUUUACCAAUAAUAACAAUGUAUGUUUCAGUCUUUAUGCUGAACAUUCUGAAGAUCUGUCACUUUCAAAUUACUUUUGAUUAUAUUAGUUGGUGGUUUGUUUUCUGAUGAACUAUGACAGGGUCGUUAUAUCAGUCAUAUUAUCACGUAGAAGGAUACAGUGAUCAAAUAAAACACCCUAUAUUUAAUCAUUUCCUUCUAAUUAAUUAUGAAAGUUUGCUAUCAUCAUGUUGCCUGUAGUUGGGUAAUUACAGAAGUUAGGUGUGAUUGUUGUGAGUUGGGAUACUUAAAUGAUAUGAUACCAGCUACCAUAUUUAUCCACAAAUAUUUUAAAAUGCCACUAUUUCUGAAAAGAUUAUUUCACAAUGACAUGAGUGUAAAAUGUGACCCGGUUUGCCACAUUUGGAUAUACAUGUUCAGUGUAUGUAAUUUAUUGGCAGACAUCUUUCCAUAAACCAUGUGCAGAGUUUUGAAACUAACGAAUGCUAUGCCUAAUUCUCAUUUUUUUUAUAUCAACAUUAAUUAUUUGUUUCAUAAAAUACUAAAUUUAUUAUAAUAAAUAAGAUGUGAUUUAAUGUGAAUAAAAUAAUCUAAAUGCAGGGACUUUUUUCUUCUGUACAUGUGGUUACAGAUAAAGUGUGCGGGGCUUAGCUGUCUGACGACUGAUUAACUUGACAUCAAAAUGAUUUGAAUGUAGAUCACACACAAGGUAAACAUUUGUAUCAGACUUUUUGAAUGCUGUUAUUGUUAAAAGAAAAUAUUGUAAAUAUAGAUAUUACCCUUUCAUUUUGUUCAGUUUAUGAGCUGAUAAAUGAAAUUGUUUUAAACCAUUACCAACUGUCCCAUUGGAUGUAUGAGCUUGUAAACAAAAUAAAUGGUUUAAUAAUCCUUAUAGAUGCCCCUGCCCACAACUUUUGCAGAAUCAUCAAUUUUAAAACAAAUAAGUCCUCCAAAAGUUUUAAUACUAAACUUUUACACUAGGGGAGGGGACUUAUAUUGAGGAUAAUACUGUACUAAACUAUUACACUAGGUGAGGGGGCUUAUAUUGAGGAUAAUACUGUACUAAACUAUUACACUAGGUGAGGGGGCUUAUAUUGAGGAUACUACUGUACUAAACUAUUACACUAGGGGAGGGGGCUUAUAUUGAGGAUAAUACUGUACUAAACUAUUACACUAGGGGAGGGGGCCUAUAUUGAGGAUACUACUGUACUAAACUAUAACACUAGGGGAGGGGACUUAUAUUGAGGAUAAUACUGUACUAAACUAUUACACGAGGGGAGGGGACUUAUAUUGAGGAUAAUACUGUACUAAACUAUUACACGAGGGGAGGGGGCCUAUUUGAUGAUAAUAAUGUACUAAACUAUUACACUAGGGGAGGAGGGUUAUUUGAUGAUAAUACUGUACUAAACUAUUACACGAGGGGAGGGGGCCUAUUUGAUGAUAAUAAUGUACUAAACUAUUACACUAGGGGAGGAGGGUUAUUUGAUGAUAAUAAUGUACUAAACUAUUACACUAGGGGAGGGGGAUUAUUUGAGGAUAAUAAUGUACUAAACUUUUACACUAGGGGAGGGGGCUUAUUUGAGGAUAAAUAUUGUACUAAACUUUCACACAUUUUUUUAGUUGACAGUUUAUCACCAAUGGAAAUAUAAAAUAGAAUAUAAGUGAAUAACUAUAAUAUGUUUAUUUGUGUUGAUUGCAGACUCUGCAGUUUUGAAUUUUAUAUGUUUUGUAUUGUGGACCUUUUUACAUAUUAUACCAGAAGCCAGUAGUAUUGCAUAUUCUAAACAGGUUGGGUCUGACCUUUCCUUGCUUGUCGGUGGAUAAAGAACACAAAAUUGGCAUUGUUAUAAAGUUGGGUAGUUCUGACUUGUUUAUUACGUUUAUAUUUUAUAACAGAAAUUCAGUCUUCAUACUCCAUUCCAUAUACAUGUAUAAUUAUGUAUUAUUUACAUAGGACUUGGCUGACUUCCAUAGUUGUAACAGUAUAUAGAGAUUUGUACACCACAAAUAAGCCUUUGAAUUAAAGUAACAUUUUUCUAAUCAAGUACAUAUCCUUUACAUGUUUAUGUGUAUUAUAUAGGUUUGAAUACUUUUAUAAACCCAUCAAAAUUUGAGAGAGUAUUAUGGUAUGUAUUGUCUAUCUACCAGAGUAAACUUUUGCAAUUGUUUGUCUCGAAAUUUAGUCAGAAAAUCUCUAGACUUGAUUAAAGUAAUAAAAUAAACAAAGGCUGGUAACUCUUUAAAAAUUUCUCCUAUCAAAAUUCUGACAGGAAAUCACAGAAUGUGAGGGAGGAAAUCUACCACUAUGGUCAGACAGUAUCAAAAUACUGAAAGGAAUUAAAUAGUACUGUAAUAAACAUAGGACAAUAACUAUUUCAAUUUUUUCCCCUCCAGAUAACACAACUACUAUCAUGAUUAUGUAUCUUAUCAUGUUUCAAAAAGAAAUAGGUUGAAAAAUGAGAAAGUAGGUGUGUGAACAAUAUUAAAAUAUAUAGAGGAUAUCUAACAGUGUUUUCAGUAAUACCAAAUAUAUUUCACGAGUGGGGCUAAUAUUUUGAUAUUUUUCUCGAGUGCGCAGCACGAGUGAAAAAUAUCUAAAUAUUAGCCACAGGAGAUAUCGUACAGGAGAACAAAAUUUCAUAUUCCUACCAAGUUUCAGAGAUCAGCUGAAAACAAAGAGAGCAGGACAUAAUAAAGAUCCGGGUAUAACUGUUACCCGGUGAGGACCUUCUAGUUUGCAGUCAAAAUCAGGCUGUAUAGUGUUUCUACUGACUAAAAUGUCUUUCCCAAAAUGAAUAAAAACUAUAUAUUUUAAAGAAAAUAUUGCUAUAAUGUUUCAGUUGAAGUACAUGUAAUCACAAUAUCAAAUAUAGAUUUUAACAUAUUUUUACUGUACAUGUCAGCAGCCAGACAAAGAACAAUGUAACAUUUUUACUGCCCAUGUUAAAUCAGAUUUAUUGGCCGCUGUUUUGUGAUUUUAGAGGCCCAGAUGGGGGUUAUCAGACUUUUUAAUUUUUCUGAAUUGUUUUUUAUCAACCAUUGUUUAAUUAAUGCAUUUGAAAGUCUGCUAACUUUUAUAAGUGUAAAACAUGCUAUGGUGUAGAAAAAUAUUUUCAUAUUUAUGAGGCCCAGAAAGGAUUUAUUGAAAUUCAUUAAGUUUUAAAUGUAUUGUGGAAUUUAACAAAUUAACCUUUAUAAUGCCAAAAUAUUUUCUGUUGCAUAGUUCCUGUGCAAUUACUUUGAGGAUCUUCAAGAUUGAUGUGUACCAUCAUGUGCAUACAUCUUAAAAAGAUUGUGUGUAACUGUUAUCAACCUUCAUACAGCAAAACUAAUUUGAAGGGCAUAACUGCUGUCCUGGUUUAAAUUAGGCCUUCAAAAUUUGAUUGUGUGUGGGUUCAUCUUAGGGGGAAAACUGUGUAUGUGUGCUGCUUACCUGAUGAAGGUCAAUGUGACCUUUUAAGCUCACCUGCCCGAAGGGCAAGUGAGUUUAUGCCGUGGUGCGGCGUCCGGCCGUCCGGCGUCAACUUUUUCAUUCAAACAACUUCUUCUCAAUAACCA